AUGUCUAUUAUUUUCAAAAGGGCCUUUACGUCAGGUCGAGUGUCACUGCACGAAAACCCUUUGGGGUUACCUCGUCAUAAGCCAGCACCAACUAUUCCUCGAGCACAAAGAGGUUUACCAAAGAAAAUGCCUAUACACAACGUUAAAAAUGUUAUUGUUGUAGCUUCUGGAAAAGGCGGCGUUGGCAAAUCUACAACAGCUGUAAACAUAGCAUUAGCAGCCGCAGCCUUUAGACAGAAAGUAGGCAUUUUGGAUGCUGAUAUAUUUGGACCAUCCAUACCAAAGUUGAUGAAUCUUAAAGGAGAGCCUGAUCUUACAGAAAAGGGUGAUCGCUUGGUCCCUUUGACCAAUUACGGUGUCAAAUGUAUGUCCAUGGGAUUCCUUGUAGGAGAAGAUGCUCCCGUUGUUUGGAGAGGUUUAAUGGUGAUGAAAGCACUUCAACAAUUGCUACAUCAAGUUGAGUGGGGUCCGCUUGACUUACUAGUCAUUGAUAUGCCACCAGGAACUGGUGAUGUUCAACUUACAAUCAGUCAGCAAGUGGUAGUCAAUGGUGCUGUCAUUGUUUCAACACCUCAAGACAUAGCCUUAGUUGAUGCGAUCAAAGGUGUCAACAUGUUUAAGAAAGUUGAUGUUCCUAUUCUCGGUAUGGUGCAGAACAUGUCUCUUUUCAUCUGCCCUAACUGUCAACACGAAUCACAUAUAUUUGGUAAUGACGGUGCGGCACGUAUGGCGAAGGAUUUUAGUGUCCCUUUGUUAGGUGAGGUUCCUCUUCACACAGACAUUUGUACGUUAUCUGAUGCUGGCAAACCAAUAGUCAUUUCUCAACCUGAAAGUUCUUAUGCAAAUUACUAUCGUUCGAUUACUCAGAAUAUCUUGAGUAGCUUAUCGAACAAUAAACAUUAA